UUCUGGAGUCAGAAACCACAGCCUGGGUCUCCAUGCCCACACGAUGCAAAGCAGGAGCUGCUCCUCUUUUCUCCCCUUUCAUUUCUCCUCGCCCAUUUCUCCUCUUUCUUUUCUCCUCUUUUCCUGCUCAACGGCGGCACGAAAGCAAAAGGAAACGCAUUCUCCUAGUCCAGCAGAAAUAUUCAAGGGGGUCCAAAGGCAAAGCUCUGAGAGGGAUUUAAAGGAGCGGGGUUGCUACGAGCGCGUUCCCGAUAACGGCACGAUCCCGACGCCUCCCACUAUUCCAGAACGUUCCAACACCACCCAGCAACCGUCCAACAUCCAACAACAAACGAGUUCCGCGCUUCCCAAAAUCCCGUGGGAUUUUCCCAAUGAAAACCUCGAUUAAAUCAGUUCUUGCGUUCCCAACACGGAAAAAGCAAAACCACGUCGCCAGUGCAGGCUCUAAUUCACAUCUGUCGGAGUUUGCGGUGCCACCUCACCCCGGGUCCAUCCCCACCCCAUUGUACAAAAAAAAACCAGAACAGAUCCUGGCUCUUCCCAUGGAAAUGGAACCCUUAAAAGCCCCUUCGCAAAGGAAAGCAGCAGGGAUGGGUUUGAUUUUAUUGCGAAAUCUCCGGUUCCUGUGAGACGCAAAUCAGCUCUCAGCCAUUCGCUGGUGGCGCCAGAAAUCAAACUUAGGGGAGAAGAUCAAUAAAUUAGCAAUUGCCCGGGAUUUCCCAAUCCUGCCUCGACCGUUCCCUGCAGCAGAUCAACGCUGCGUUUACAUUUCCAGUUUCCUGCCAAAAAUAGAUUUAACACCGUUCUGACAUCUCAGGGUUUUUCAAGAAACAACUCCCAGGGAGCAAUUCCAUCCAUCAGAGGAAGAGGAGGAGGGAAAGAGCCGAGGAAAAGGGAUAACAAAGUGUCCAAGAGCAGAGGGGAUGGGGUUUGUCCGUGGUUUGGGCAGGGAUUGCAUGGGGUCACCAUCAAACCCCCUCCAUCCCAACCCAUUGGGAUUGCAAUGGGGUCACCAUCAAACCCCUUCCAUCCCAACCCAUUGGGAUUGCAAUGGGGUCACCAUCAAACCCCUCCAUCCCAACCCAUUGGGAUUGCAAUGGGGUCACCAUCAAACCUGGGAUUGCAAUGGGGUCACCAUCAAACCCCUCCAUCCCAAACCAUUGGGAUUGCAAUGGGGUCACCAUCAAACCUGGGAUUGCAAUGGGGUCACCAUCAAACCAUUGUGAUUGCAAUGGGGUCACCAUCAAACCCCUUCCAUCCCAACCCAUUGGGAUUGCAAUGGGGUCACCAUCAAACCCCUUCCAUCCCAACCCAUUGGGAUUGCAAUGGGGUCACCAUCAAACCCCUCCAUCCCAAACCUUUGGGAUUGCAAUGGGGUCACCAUCAAACCCCCCCCAUCCCAACCCAUUGGGAUUGCAAUGGGGUCACCAUCAAACCAUUGUGAUUGCAAUGGGGUCACCAUCAAACCCCCUCCAUCCCAACCCAUUGGGAUUGCAAUGGGGUCACCAUCAAACCCCUCCAUCCCAAACCAUUGGAAUUGCAAUGGGGUCACCAUCAAACCCCUUCCAUCCCAACCCAUUGGGAUUGCAAUGGGGUCACCAUCAAACCCCUCCAUCCCAAACCAUUGGAAUUGCAAUGGGGUCACCAUCAAACCCCUUCCAUCCCAACCCAUUGGGAUUGCAAUGGGGUCACCAUCAAACCCCUCCAUCCCAAACCAUUGGGAUUGCAAUGGGGUCACCGUCAAACCCCUCCAUCCCAACCCAUUGGGAUUUUCUCUCCAAUGGGGUCACCAUCAGACCCACGUUCUCAUGUCCUGGUGCCACCUCUGGCCAAAUGCAGCGUCUGCAGAGCCAGUGGGAACGCUGGUGCCCACACUCCCUGCCUGUGUGCCAGUGUCCCAGAGCCGUGGGCACUGCCAGCCCCACUCUGGCUGAUCUGUGCCCACUCCCAGUGCCAGUGUGGGUCGGGUGAGUUGUGCCCAUGUCCCAGCCCCACUCUGGCUGAUCUGUGCCCGCUGCCGUGCCAGCCCGGUGGGUGAGCUGCGGGAUGAGCUGUGCCCGUGUCCCAUACCCGCUCUGGGUGCCAGCCCGGUGGGUGAGCUGCGGGAUGAGCUGUGCCCGUGUCCCAUACCCGCUCUGGGUGCCAGCCCGGUGGGUGAGCUGCGGGAUGAGCUGUGCCCGUGUCCCAUACCCGCUCUGGCUGCUCUGUGCCCAUGUCCCAUACCCGCUCUGGGUGCCAGCCCGGUGGGUGCCCUGCGGAUGAGCGGAACAGAGCCGGCCGUGGCUGCCCGACAACCGCGGCUCUUUGUCUGCCCGGGCUCCCCGCUCUGCGCGUCCAUCUGUUCUGCCUCGCUUUAAGUUCCCCUUUGAAGCUCCUGGACGAGGAUUCUCCUCUUUGUUUCGCCUCCGCUCCCUCACGAGCGGCUCGGAGUUCAGAGCCGGCCCACCCUGGCACCGAAUUGCCAAGGAAAGAAAUAAAUAAAUUCAACCCCUCUU